GGCGCCGCAAACCCCAAGCCCACAUCCACCGUGACCGUGCCUGCCCCACCGCCGAAACGGGACGGAAACCACGCCCUAAGCUUGCUCGAAUGCGAUGGCGCCACCGCCGCUAGCCGCGGCGGCGGCGGCCGAGGACACCGCAGAGCUCCUGGAGGUGCGCUGCGUGGGGUGCAGCGAGACGUUGGAGGUGGAGCGGGGGCUGACGGAGUUCGUCUGCCCCGACUGCGCCACGCCGCAGUCGCUCCCCCCGGAGCUCAUGCCGCCGCCCCGGCGGAGGGCGCUGCCCCUUCCCCGCGGCGCCGCGGACGCGCGCGGGGCGAGGCUGCCGUGCGGCGCCUGCGGCGAGCUCCUGAGCGUGCCGGUCGGGCUAUCACGCUGCGCCUGCCCUUUCUGCGGCGCCGAGCUGGCCGUCGACUCAGCCCGCCUCCGGAAUUACAUCCUGACCUCCGCCGCAGCGGCCGUCGCACCGCGCUCCUCGGCAUCCGUCCCUCCGAUUGUUGCUGCCCGGGAGAGAUGGCAAGAGCGUCCUAGUUACGCAACGCGUGCAGGGCUACACCAAGCAGAACCUGAUGCGGGGUUAAUUCCUCCACGCAGGACGCAGGUAGAGCGUCCCAGUCGUCUCAUUCACGUGCACCGGGAUGAACAAGAGUAUCCUGAUCAUAUGAUUGAUCGAGAGGAGAUACAUGUGCCUCAUGAGACUGUUGCAAAUCAUAGCCGUCAGGGAAAUCGACCUUCACUUGGCCGUGGUAUUGUAGGUAAUGAGGAGAGACAAGUUUUUCCUCAAAAUGCAAAUGAGGUCAGAAAUCAUGUAAAUGAUCAGCGCCCUAGUUACCAUAUUCAGCCAAAGCGAGCGCAGCUGGCACGCCUGCAUAGAGUCAUUCAUUCAGAGGAGAUGCAGGAUGGGCCUCUCAGCCAUGAAAUUUAUAGAGAGGCGAGACAUACUGAAUUGAUAUACGAGGCUACUGCAACUCAUAGAAACCAGAGAGUUGGAUGCUCCACUGGCCCCCAAACUCCAAGUCUAGGGGAGAGGCAUAUGGGGACUCCUACUCAGAUCAUACAUCAGGCGCACAAACAGCCUUAUCAUUUAAGUCAUGCGGAAGGCAGUCAGAUAGACUGUCUAGAUGUGGAUGGGGUGGUUCAUCCGCCAGUCAACCAAGCAAAUCAUGGAGAAGAGGCAUCCACUGUGAUGAUCGAUAAAAUGUUUUCAAGGGAGAGCACUUGGCCUACUGGAUGUUCAGUUGGGCCCAACUCUGUUAAUGGAGAGAAGAGAAAGGCAUCAACCACAAAUCAAGUCAAGCAACAUAUGCAAAAAGAACAGUCUGAUGCAACUCCUUCAGAACACACACAGAAAGAGCAUCCGGAUCAGGCAAUUCGUGAGCCUACCAAUCAUCUAACUAAUACAGAAGCGAUGUACUCUUUUCCUAUAAAGGAGACUACUGCAAGGUGUAGCAAGCAGAAAAAAUCAGAGUUAGUUAAUGCCAAGACUAUUGCCGAGAAGAGACAUAUGGAAUCACUGAACCACAAUAUACAACAGGCAGAAGGGCAGACCUCUGAUACUGAUAGUUAUGAAAUCCAGGUCGAUUUUGAGCGUCAAAGUAAGGCUAAUGAGAGGCAUGGCAACACUUCAACUCUUAACGGGCGGGAACAUUUUACACCUCCGAAUAAGCUGGCUGAUCUAAAACAGAAAAAUGUAUGCACUAAUGAUGAAAUCCAGAAGGAGCAGACUGAAGGUAAUGUUUCCAAGCAGACUAGUGGUUGGACUCAGAAGAAGAAUAGAAAAGGCUCAAUAGCUUCAUCAAAUGAUGGGCUUCAGCUUAAACAUAGUAAACGUUUGGCCAAAGAUUCAUCUGCUGCCAUGGAAAAUAAACCUCUAGAAAGCGACCCUGGCAACCUGCAGAAUUUUGGUCAUAAUGUCCAAGUGCCAGCAGAUGCUAUGGAUGAUGAAUCAAUUAAAUGGGUGCCUCUUCAGCAGUGUCCCCCCUCUCCAGAUUGUGAAGUGUCAGUUGCCACGACAGACACUGAUUCUGUAGAAAGUGAUGACGAUGAGGACUAUGUUGUAUCUCCAAAUCAAAGCAUGUCUGAGUCUGACCAUCCUGAUAAUGAUGAGGACUAUUGCCGAUCUGUACAUAAGGUGCCUCAGGAAAUCUCUGAUGAAUCAGAUGACCCCGAUGUAACCACAACUCCUUUAGUUCCUGAUAUGUCUGACCCCGAGCAUUUCGCGCGGAAUUAUUUACCUCUAGAGGUCAGAAGGGCCCUUGCAAAGGGAAAGAAAGCAGGAGGUCGUCUUUGUCUCAAAGUGUGGACCUUGCCCAAGGGUGUACGGAUACCGGUCUCCUUGAACACUUCGGGCCUGCCAAUCGGAGAAAAUGCAAUCAUGUUGAUUAACUUUCUAGGUGCACUGGCACGAGAUGCAGUGUUGGCACCUCUCACAUAUGUAAGUUGGAAAAGAUUUCCAAAGGAGAACAAGGAUGUUAUGUGGCACAUUGUUAAGCUUAAAUUUGAUGUUGAUCCACCUCGCGAGUUGUCGAUCCUGAGCUCCAUAAGAAACAAGUGGAAGUUUUGGAAAUGUCACCUAAAACUGAAACACCACGAUCCUCAUAUAACUGAAGAGGAACGUCUUGCUGAUCGAGAUCCUCGUGUCCCAAAGGAACAAUGGCGAGCCCUUAUUGCAUAUUGGAAUACGGAAAAGGCAAAGGCCAGAAGUGCUGCAGGUAAAGCUUCUCGGGCGAAAUCAACCUAUAUCAAUAAAACCGGAUCAAAGAGCUUUGCACGGAUAUUUCAGGAAGAGUCACGAUCUUGUGACCCUGCUCUUGAGAAUCCAGAAAGCUCAGGAGACGAUUAUGCACGUGCCAUGGGUGCGAAAAGGAGGGCUAGUGCACGCAGGUAUACACCUGGGCCCUCCCCCAAAGACCUACAGGAAAGGUCAGACCCGCAAGCUGCAAGGGCCAAACGAAAGGCUGUAGAUGAAGUCUCCACACCAAGAAAGAAGGUGGUAGUAACAGAGGAAAGUCGCCCCAAAAACUCUCAGGAAAAUGCAGUCUUGGAAGCUGCGAGGGCUAAAAGAAGGGCUGAAGAUGAGGCAGCCGCUCUAAGGAAGAAGGUGAUAGUGAUGGAGGAAAGUCAGAAAAAGCUGCAGGAGGACUUGGCAAGAGUGACAAACGCAAUGAGUGCUAUGCAGAAGAUGAUAUCAACUGGUGGCUUACCAAAUGGAAUAAUGGACGAACCAGUGAUGCCACCAAGUUUCCAACAGGAACGAAAUGAAGCGAGCUCCGAUGAUGUUUUGGAGCCGCAUAUUGUUUGCUCAGGGUUACGUCAUCCUUCCUCGCAUAAUCAACGGACUCGAUGAGAUGGUAAUGCCAUCUCAUAUGUCCAAAUGCAGACUCGAUGAGAUGAUUGGACCUGAUCGACUGAUACUUCGGGUACAAAGCGGCACUAGUGUUCGCCUUUUAGCCGGAUCUUGGUUUUAUAGGCACCAUUUAUGGUUUCUCUUGGGUAGAAGUGAUCACAUUUCACCCAUAUGAUCCCAAUCUCUUGUCAUGCUUCUUGCACUGUUGUAAGAGGGCAACUAGUUGUCUAUCCUGAUAUGUAGGACUGAGAAGAGAAGCAAUCAUGUUUUGCUGAUGUAUGUGAUGAUAAAGGAGUGUUGCCCGAACAUAAGCAAAAUUUACCAAUGUCGUUAAGGAACUUUGUUCAAACUUCACUGCAUGUCGCUGAAGUGACGCCAUGUCAUUUCUUCAGUUGUCAGCCACAGCAUAGUGAAAUAACCUGGCAGAGGGAAAUAUUAGUGCCACAUACCAAUUUGUAUAUGUCAUGGAAGGUUAUAUCUGUCGAAAUGGAAGGUCAUAUUAGGACCAAAAUGACCUGUUGGCUUGUUUGCUCUGAUGUACACAUGUAAAGAAGCUGAAAAUGAUUCCAACUAAGGGCCAGUUCUUUUGGCGGCUUAAAAAAUAAGCCGCCUCCUCCCCAGCUUUUUCCAUAAGCUGCCUCCCUCAUUCAUUGGAGUACUGAAAAGGCGAAGGCCGCAAGUGCUCGCAGUAAAGCUUGUCAGUCAAAUGUGGUCGCUCAUCAUACUGCAGGAACAAAGAGCUUUGCAAGGAUAAUCGAGGAGGAGAAGCAAAAACGGCCUAACAAGGACGGGCGUAGUGUUGAGGAUUUGUUCAUAAUGACUCAUACACCCAAGAAUGGGAAACCUAUGAAGAAGGCAACAGCUGAUGCCAUUGCACGACUUCGUAAGCAGGUAUUCAGGAGGUGAUUCUGCUGCACACGACUCCUCCUCGAAGGUUCCACGAGGGAAGGCAGUCCUGCAAGCAUCCUUCAAGGAAGCCAUGGAGGCUAAACGCAGAGCUGAAGAUGAGGCGUCGGCAUUGAAGGAAAAAAUGAUGGCAAUGGAAGAAAGCCAGAGAAAGAUGCAGGAAGAUUUGGCGAAUAUGAAGAGCGCAGUUAGCGCUAUACACAAGACAGCGCCAACUGGUGACUUGCAAGGUCAACAAAUGCACAAAAAAACGCCUGUCAGUAAAAAGUCUCAAGAUGAACCAACCGGUGGACCAUCGUUUCCUCCAGGUUUUGCAAAGAAGAAUCCUUCACAACCCAUGCGGCGUUGAAAACGGGCCAAGCGCUCGUGAAACUUCAUCGAUAUGUUGACGUUCCCUGACGUUAUGAUCAUUUGACACCACCUCGUCAGCAGCUUCGAUCUUCACUCAACAUGCGAUGCCAUCUUGAUUAUGCCAACGGAUCUAAGAAAUAAAUGAGAAAGAGGGCGAGCGUUUAGCUGCUUGUUCAUGUGUAACCUUUUGUCUGUUAGUUGCUGACUUGCUGUAAACUGUUGACCUUGGAUCAUGAUAUUGUGCAUAUUAUGUCAUGACAUGAUUUAUCUCGUA